AUGAUCUUCCUGCGCUGGUAUCGAAAGCGUGCAGCAAGCAUGGGCGCGUUGACCGGCGCCGAAGCUGCAGGAACUGGUGGCGCUGGGGGAAUGUCCGAGCGCGGCAGAACAGCCCCCGUAUUAGCGCCACUUUUGGGAGGGGUCUUCAAAAAUAGAAAAUCCCGAGCCGUGGACGACACAGGAGAACGAGGCUUCCAACGCAUCAGUGGCCGCAAGCUACCUAGUGCUUUCUCAGCCGGCAUGACUUCUGCUCCACCUAUGCUUAUGCCGUCUGCUUUCGACAACGAUCGGAACAUGAGCACUACCUCGGUCUAUCGCGACAGCACCUACUACGGCGCUGGCGGCUCGCCUUUUGACGACCCAAACAACGAACUAGGCGCGAACGAGGUUAUCAUGCCUGGACCAGCCCGACAAGCCAGAGUGCACCCUCCGUAUGCUAUGAGCCCGACGAGCGCACUGUCAGAGAACACUUCGCCUACUAGUCCCACAUUCCCUAUCCAAAGGAACACGCUGACGCCCGAACCUGGCCAAAAUGCUCCUCUCAUGACACAUUUCAAUCCGGCCAACAGAAGCGUAACUCCCGCCACGCUAGCAAGCUUCGAUGGAAGCAGGGGGAGCAGGUUUACCGAAGAGGUCUGA